AAAACAAAAAUAUACAUACAUACAAUAAUUCCCUCUGUCUCUCUUCUGACACCAAAGCAUUCCAGAAUUGAACUCAAUUAUAUUUGGUCGGGGGGAUUAAGGAGUGGGUUUAAUAGAUUUUGAGGUUGUAUUUGUGUGAAGGAUAUUGUUAUUGAGAGUUGGGGGAAGGGUGUGUGUGUGUGUGUACACUAUGCGUUUGUUUCCGUCCAGCUCGUCUAGGGAGCAGAAGCAGAAUGGAGGAAGCAAUCGUGCUCCUUUGUAUCUUAAUGUAUAUGAUCUUACUCCGAUUAACAAUUACCUUUAUUGGGUCGGCCUUGGAAUUUUCCACUCUGGUAUCGAAGUACAUGGUUUAGAGUAUGGAUUUGGAGCCCAUGAAUAUUCAUCUAGCGGGGUGUUUGAGGUAGAACCCAAAAGUUGUCCAGGUUUCAUUUUCAGGCGUUCAGUACUUUUGGGCACCACUGAUAUGUCUCAUUCAGAGUUCCGGUCAUUUAUGGAGAACCUCUCCGGAAAAUUUCACGGUGACACAUAUCAUUUGAUUGCGAAGAACUGCAACCAUUUUACGAACGAAGUGUGUUUGCGUCUCACUGGAAAGGGUAUCCCAGGGUGGGUUAAUCGGCUUGCCAAAUUAGGUUCUUGUUGCAACUGUCUACUGCCAGAAAGUAUUCAGGUCACAGCAGUGCCAGUCAGACAUCUGCCUGAUCAUCAAGUAUAUUCUGAUACAGAUGAUGCGUCGGAUUCUGGUGGAUCGUUUUUAUCAGUAGAGACUGUAGAGGAGGAUUCAGAUCACCACCUAUUCACUACACCAAAUAGUGAUAUGGCAUUUUUGAAAGACAAACCGGUGAGGGUAGCGAAGGAGCUACAUUAAUUUAUAUUUUCUUCCAUCCAAUGUAUCUGACUUUCGUUUGGAUGCUGCUUGUAUCUAAUGUAUUGUUUACGAGUGUUCUAGUAAUAACAUAUCCAUUGUAGUAUUCAAGUGCCUAAUUGUUGUUUCCUUGUACUAUUUGAAUGCCAGAAAAGUUGGUCUA